UACCUGCAGGAAGUGCUCAGAACUGUGAAGCCUUCUAACUGGUGAGACACGUUUUUGCAUUGUCCGGGAUUGAUUACUAAUUAGUGAAUAUUGACUGUUUAUAUUUUGAUUAGUACUUUGUAACGUACACAUAAAAAGGUUCGCUAAUUGGUAUUGACCAAAACUGUAUCUUAGAGUGAUAUUUUGAAGACAAUAACACACUUUUACUGUGUAAACUAAUUGGUGAUUGUUGAUGUGUUAUUUAGAGAAUCCCGUGACCCAAGUGGACUCACAGUCUCACAAUUUGCACCGUUUUGCAGUAAUAGGAAGGAGCCUGGAUCCAGCCUGGCCUACAGGCCAACAUGGCAAGGGGGAAGAAUGGCCGACAACAUUUCCUGCUCUGUGGCUGAGUUCCAGAUCCUUAGCCUGCUGGAAACUAUUAAACACACCCAAGACCAGCUAAUGGCGAAGGUCAACUUUUUAACCAGCAGGUUGACCAUUACCCCGGGGCCAGAAGUUGAAAUGCCGGCCAAUAUCCAGUUUCCACUGGAACAGUUGGAGGCAGUGGAGGCAAUUUUGAAUGAACCAUCAAAUGGCCCAGCUCGACAAAGAGUGAUUUCUUCUUUGGCCACCAUUGGAGGCCAGGAUGUGAAGCGGGUGACCUGGAACAUCCUGGGCAGGAUGUUCACAGAUGACGUUUCAUAUCAAAUCAAUUGGAAGGGUGUCAACAACAAAAAGCCCUUAGCAGAAUGGCAACAAAGACCUUGCUUUUCAAGCCAGAUGAGGUGGUUCGGGCAUCUGGUCAGGAUGCCACCCGAACGCCUCCCUAGGGAGGUGUUUCGGGCACGUCCGACCGGUAGGAGGCCACGGGGAAGACCGAGGACACGUUGGGAAGACUAUCUCUCCCGGCUGGCCUGGGAAUGCCUCGGGAUCCCCCAGGAGGAGCUGGACGAAGUGGCUGGGGAGAGGGAAGUCUGGGCUUCCCUGCAUAGGCUGCUGCCCCCGCGACCCGACCUCGGAUAAGCGGAAGAAGAUGGAUGGAUGGGAUAUUUUGUAUUGUGUGCUGUGAGACAAAAUGUGGUGACAAGGUCAGCCACGGACGCUGAGGUCACCAAACACGCCAUCAGGUGGUUCAACCUGGCGGCGGAUCGGGCAACCAGGAGACGAGUCCCGCCUCCACCUCCUCAGGAGGAGACAAUCUUUUCCCCCAGAUGUAAAAAAAGGGCACAGUACACAAUCUUUUUUGAUGCAGUUUUACCUGGUGAAUAAACAUAUUGAGGAGACUCCAAAAGCAGCAGAGGAACUGCAACUGUUACAGGCAGGGAUGGGACCGCGGCCCAUUAAUGCAACAGAGGAUGCAGAUCAUUUAUGGGUAACGUGUAACAUGCUAUAGCAUUAACAUGUGUUCUCACACUCCCAUCCACCUCUUCAAAAAAUGUGUUCACCGAAUCACUGAAUCACCUCUGCAGCAGCAGUUCUGUGGGCAGGUCGGCGAAUCAUGAGUCAGUCAGUAACAGCUUCCCCAGCGGCAGAUCUCAGUGUGUGUCAGUUCGCAAACGACACAAGCCCUCAGCACCCAAUGAACGACGCGCACAGUGACUGAACGAGAGCCUCAAUGUGACGUCCUCCUCCGCGACACAGUCAGUUCUCUGUGUCAGUGGGUUCGCGAGUCCUGAUUCUGAAUGAGUGAGUGCAGCGCGAAGCUGAAUCACGUCCUCAGCGACAACCAGUCAGUUCUUGUAGGUUCGUGAAGCGAACCUGAAUCACUCAGCUACAGUUCUGUGGGCCAGAGGGCGACAGACGUGAAUCGCUCUCUGCCCUGACAGACUCCCCUUGACGUUCGCAAACAGACAUUGCAGCUGUAGUAGAGAUUCUGUUACUUUUAAAAACACUGUGUGUGCGUUU